UGGGAUCCCGCUCCCCUUCUCCAAAGUGGGCGACCACCCACGAGCCCUAUGUGAGCGCUCCUCUCUCGUGCCCCUCCUCGGCGCGGGGAUCCCGCGCCUCUCAUUGGCGAUUCGCGCAGAGACGGGGCGGACCGACGGUACCUGCGGGCAGCGAGUGGCGAGCGCGCUACAGUUGGAGCCCCAGUGGGGACCGCACGGACGCAGAGGCAGUGCCAUGGAGAGAGGUGACUGAGUGGCAUCACAGACAGCCGGAGCCGGACAAGACAGGGGGGGCUUCAUGGAGGCCGACUGACAAAGCGCAACCCGAUAGCGAGACGAGAGCGAAGUUUAUCGGUGCCCGCCACCUGCCCCGGGAGCGGCGCUGCGAGGGAGCCACCGUAUGAUCCGGAGUGCUCGCGGAUCCCAGCCGGUCAGCGUCGGGUAACCAAGUGGGACACGCCAUGAAAAGCUACUGCCCGGGUUAUUUCUGGGGACUCUGGUGGAGCUCGUGGUGCGUCUUGGCCGCCGGAGGGGUCAACUUUCUGUUGGACGGCGCCAAUGAGAUCCACGCGAGUUUUAUUCACAGGAGGCUGCGGACUCACGAGAAAAGGGAGAUGCAGAAGGAGAUCCUGUCCAUUCUCGGCUUGCCCCACAGACCCAGACCCCACCUCGCCCACGGCAAGUUCAACUCGGCCCCCCUCUUCAUGCUGGACCUCUACAACAGCAUCUCCGGCGGGGACGACGAGGGACUGCAGGGACUCCUGGACCACUACAAACCGGCGGUGGUCACCCAAAGUCCACCCCUCGCCACCUUGCAGGACAGCACGUUUCUCAACGACGCGGACAUGGUGAUGAGCUUCGUCAACUUGGUGGAGAAUGACCGCGAGUUCUCGGCUGACCGGCGACACCACAAGGAGUUUCGCUUCAACCUGUCGCAGAUCCCAGAGGGGGAGGCUGUCACCGCAUCCGAGUUUCGGAUUUACAAGGACUGCGUGAGCAACGCCUUUAAAAACGAAACCUUCAUCAUCAGCGUCUACCAGGUGCUGCAGGAGCACGAGGACAGGGAGGCGGACCUCUUCCUGCUGGACGCUCGCACAUUAUGGGCUGCAGAGGAAGGCUGGCUGGAAUUCGACAUCACGGCCACCAGUAACCUGUGGGUGAUGAGCCCCCAGCACAACUUGGGGCUUCAGCUGAAUGUGAGGACCAGCGCAGGUCACAGCAUGAUGCUAAGGGACGCCGGUCUGGUCGGGCGUGACGGGCCUCACAGCAAGCAGCCCUUCAUGGUGGCCUUCUUCAAGGUGAGCGAGGUGCACGUCCGGACCACUCGCUCCACGGCGGGCAGACGCAGACAACAGAGCCGCAACCGCUCCACACAGCCACAGGAGGCACCCCGAGUCCCCAGCAUGGCAGAUUACAACAGCAGCGACCAGAAGACGGCCUGCAGGAAGCACGAGUUGUACGUCAGCUUUCGAGAGCUUGGCUGGCAGGACUGGAUCAUCGCACCAGAAGGAUACGCGGCCAACUACUGUGACGGUGAAUGCUCGUUCCCCCUCAAUGCGCACAUGAACGCCACAAACCACGCCAUCGUCCAGACGCUGGUCCACCUCAUGAAUCCAGAGAACGUUCCCAAGCCGUGCUGCGCGCCCACCAAACUCAACGCAAUCUCCGUCCUCUACUUUGACGAUAACUCCAACGUCAUCCUGAAGAAAUACAAGAACAUGGUGGUGCGGGCCUGUGGCUGUCACUGACGGGCCACCUUGUUCUCAUUAUCACCUUCAUGCAACAAAACCACCCGAGCAAAAUGAGACAAGCAGGCCACCUAAAAACACCCCGCGGACUAACGAAUGCACCUGCCACUCCUUGAUGGCGGCCUAUCGUACGAGGACGUGGAGUGUGGAGACACAAAACAGCAAGUGCUGCAAGAGAACAACCCGACGUUCACAGAAACGUAUGGCAAACACUCGGCACCAAAGCGAAGGUCCCAAGAAGCCGCUAGAAGCUAAAAUGGUCACCAAACAGGAAUCACUGCUGGCAGGUUAAGACACGAGAGUCCACAGGCGGCCACACAGCAGUUUCAAAAUGGUCAAAUCGAAAAAAAAUAAAACUCCGCUACUGGCCGUUAUAGCAAGGAGACCCCAAACUAAACAAAAAGGGGGCAAAUCCACUGACCAAUCAGUGCCCCCUUCAAGAGAUGCUCUUCCUGAACGCUGCCCUCCCUCCAGUGUGAAAGGUGCUCCUUAGAAUGGGGCCAUGAAAACAGAACGCCAGGCUGCCUUGUAAUCACAAAGGCAAACACUUUUAGACAAUUGAUCGUCUCAACAGAAAACCUGCUCCCCUCUAAUGAGGAUCCUGAAUGAAAGCGGGCAGGUUCUCCUAGUAAGCUCACCGUCUGUCCUCCUCGAGGUUCACCAAACUCUUUAAGUGAGCCGAGUCUGGCAUAAGGAGAGGGACAUUAGUUUAUGAAGUGGAUGACAAUGACGACGUCCCACUGAACCUACUCGGACACCUCCUCGUUUGAACUUAUGCCGUGUGCUGCUAGCCUGCUCAUCCAGCGUCGCACGAUUGUUCAUCUACUGGAAGCUACAAACAUCCCGACGCUCUCUCAGUCCUCGCCUACCUUUUAUAACCCAACUGGUUUCUCUAAGAUUUUAAUUUCCAAAUUCAAACUGCCCUUUUAUGUGCGCAUUACAGAAAGUUCAAGUUUAAAUUCACAUCAGGAGGUGUAGAACUUGAACGUACCCUUAAGAGAAGAACCCGGGAGGCCUUGUGGGCCCAGGUUACAGUUAAAGAAACCUCAAGUGACUCAAAUGGAAAAAUCCACAUGUCCAUCAUCCAGUCAGCAUGUGGAAGACGAGGCCCCUGACCAAUGAGUGAGGGGGCAGGUGGGUCUUCAGUCCAGAAGCUCCAUCUCAUUUGAACGCACUUCACAUCUGUGCACUACUUCAAAUGCAGGCGUCUCAGACAACCAGUCAAGUGACAUGUGGAUUUGUGACCCCAGUAUCGUGAAACGGUUUUCUGGAAGUUUUAAUAAAUUGUUUGGUAUUUGCGCCUCCCCCCAAUGAUGCACACAGUAGGGUGACCAAGCUUCAUAGCUGGGUAACCUCUGGUAUUUAUUGUUAUAUAUUUUAUGAAAUUAUAAAUUAUUUUAGUAUUUAUUUUGUAUGUUUGACUUGUAUGCUCAGCAGUCUCAAAUCACAAGUGUUCUCAUUUCCGCACAUUAAAACAGUUUGCUCAGGGUCACACAGCCCAUUAGAGUUGGGGACUGAGCCUCAACUUAGCAAUUCCUGCUUUUUAAAUGAUAAAAGAAUUUUAAAUUAACUGCCGCCUGUGGAGUCAAAGGGACAACUAUACUCGUCUUCAGAUUCUAAGAUAUUUGCAAAAUGUGCCAAAUACAAUGCAAACAAGUGUGUGUGUUUAGUCAGUUCAUGCAAACACAAAGAAAAAUGGGCCAUGAGAAGAAUGAGGGUCCACUGACUACAGAGGGGUCCUACCAUGAGAUGGCAAACAAGGAAGACCCCUACAGUAUUGGGUACAAUUCUCCUAAAUUUGGUGGGCUGGACUACAAGUGACCACUAAAACCACAGCUGGAGUGCCUCUCCUCAGUUCUUGUGCACAGCACCGUCACGUGUGGCUUAGUCAGGACACAUGAGAACACCAAUGAGUGGCAAAUGACCGAAGUGCGUCACUAAAACAGGCCAUCAGCUUUCUGAAGAAAAAAAAAAAGAGAGAGCCUCCUGACGUCCACACAAUUGUGCAGCAGGGUACACGAGAUCAGGACAGCAACGUCACACAUCGUCACGUCACCUUGAAAUCCUCUCUACACCAAGGACUGUGAACCCACUGACAAAAGGCUCGAUGCUUUAUGACCAAGUGCUCAGCAUGUGUUUGGAUUAAAAUAUACUUACUGUGUCUACAAAAACCAGACCCUCAGCGUCUACCUGCGCUCCCAUCUUGACUGCUGGCCUUGUGCCUUCAUUAGCAAAUCUCAGAUAUUUGUGUAAAGAGCUGCUCUGCUGUACUGAAAAGAAAAUAAAGCAGAAAUUCAUUCAUAUGCUUGUUUACAGCUGCAUACAAGGUGUGUAAAAAAAAGUGUACAUGUUUACUAUUUAUUUGAAUAACAUUAUUAUAGAAAUAAAGACAGAUCUCCAGUUUUGUUUGUUUUUUAAUUUUAUUACAAAACAGUCAAAGUUGUGUAAAACAAUUUUGGUAUUGAUUUUCCUUGUACAAAAUGCUUCUGUUAUUGUAAAAUCCAAUUAUACAAACA